UUAAUGCUGAGUGAGCAAUUGCAAUGAUAACUAGCUAGAUCUAGCUAGCUCUAUGCAAGAAUCACAACUAGUCUAGUCCUGUACAGCUAGACUAGUACCUGUAGAUCUGUCAGCCAUCAAUAAAGGCCACAUAGACUAUUAUUAUGGAGAGUAAGAACCAAUCCUGGUGCUUCAUUAAUCGUGACUGUGAGUACACUCACAUACUGUUCCCACCACCAAAGUUGGAACUAGGAGGCUGUAAUGAUACCAAUCUCACCAACUCCUCUUGCAUCGUCUUCCCCUUCUGUGUACAAGUGCUCAGCUGGAGAGUCGAUAACACUCUUGUACGGGUGUACGACCUGGUUCUGCUGGUUCUGAGUGCCUUGUUCCUCUGCUUCCUGCUCAUUCAGUUGGUUGCCAUGGUGCGCAAGCUGCAGGGUAGCGUGGCUCUCUUCAGGAUCCUCUACUUUAUGGUGUUUGUCAUCCCGACAAUGAGCUGCCUGUAUGGAGUGGUCUCCAUGUGCAUCGGAUACUACACUGUUGCUGCUAAGGCUCUGCACACACUUCUGAGGGGCUCUAUCCUCAUGACUGAGCUAUGUGUUGUUGUCUUCGGUCUCUUCUUCAAGUUCUACAACAACAAGCAAUGCAAGUUGGCUGUUACAGUUUGUAUCAUUCUAACAGUGGCUGGGCUGUUCACAAUCAUAGAGGGAGUGAUGGAGUAUGAAAAACCAUUGCAUUUGGCUUGCUAUGACUUCAAUUUUUUUACUCAUGGAGGGAUGGUGUUUCUAUUUCUUACAUCGAUACUCUUCACAUUUGCUUACCUGAUUACGUACGGAAUGUACUUGUUCAAACUACAUGAGCGUUGGAGUUUGCCAUCUAAAAAAUCUUUUUAUAGGUAUGCCUUGUUUCUGUCAUUGGUAAACCUUGUUCAGACAACGGGUAGUCUAAUGUGGAUCAAAGGAGGAAAUAAUGAAGAAGUUGGGAGUGCAGGGAUUUGUCUUACCCUAAUCACAAACGUCAUCUACAUAACAACCUUUCCACCAGUGGUUUAUUGGAUUUUCCUUAGUAACUACUUCAGAAUGAACAAAGAUCUGAAGCAAGAGACUGCCGCGUCCCGGGACGGGGAAAUCAAUGUAUCAGUAAGGGACAAAUCUGUCGACCCAUUCAAAGUGACCAGUUGGAGCAUAACAAAGCCUCUAGGCAUUAGAAAGAAAUCCCGCUUCCCUGACAACUCGCUAUUGGCUGAGAGCUUUGGUUCGUCCAGUUCAUAUGGGAGCCUCAAUGAUGAAGAAACGUUCAUUAAACGAUUAAAUCCACCUGAUUUUGUUAAGUGAACUCAUUAACCUCACCCCUUGUUUGUUGACUGUUUGUAUUAUAUACAAUAGCUUUUCAUAAUAAUUAGUGUGAUGUGUGACACUCCACACUGUCGACUGUAUAAAAAUUAUUGUUUGGUACGUUA